UGCCAUGGGGGAGGGAGUGGGGAAGGUGCUGGGAUGCAUGGGACCCAGGUCAUGGUCAUGACAUGAUGCCAUGUUGUGCCACCUGCUGCCAGGCAUGCAGGGGACUCAUGGCCAGUGCAUGGCUCCCAGGGCAGAGGCAGCAAGGCGCAGAGCCCCAGCCUGCAGCAGACAGCCCACCUGUGCCCUGCACACAAGUCCAGGGGGCAUGUAUCUGCUCUGCCUCCCAUGGGGGUGCACACCAUGGAGGGGAGCUGCCCUACACAUCCCUGGAUGAGUUGCCUGUGGCUUCAUCCCAUGACCAGCCCCGGGCCCCAUUCACACCAGCACCUACCCCACUCCCUCCCUCACUGUGGGAGCCUCAAUCUGCCCUCCCACCCUCUUCCCUCUCACCCUGCUCCUCCUCUUCCACAGACUUACUGGUGUGGCACUGCUUUACAAGUGGUGUGCAGCCCCCCACUCCCUGCUGUAGCUGUCUGGAGCCCACACCUGGGCUACCCUGUGGUCCUCUGCGCUGCCACCGCUGCCCUGCUGGCUGGCCCAGAGAUGGUGGAGUAGAGCCUGGGUGCGGGCUCCAAAAACCCGUAAGAGUGAUUAACCCAUUCAGAAAAUUAAUGAAAGAACCAAUUCAUGUGUUGAUCAUGUGCGUUAAUGGUGAUUAAUUGACAGCCCUACUAGAAACCAAUUUUGCUAAUUCAUGGCUGUCUAAUCUAGUUUUGUAUACUUUGGGGAACUUGUAUAUAUUUAUAUGUAGGCUGUUUUCUUAGGUAAUCUGUUGCUUGUUUUAUUCUGUGCAGAAUGACUUGUAAAAAUACCUGUCUCUCUUAAACCAUUUUUUUCUUUGUGUUUACCAUUGGGAUAGCAGGCAGGCUCCAGGUUUUCCUUUUGUUUGGAUAUUUUUUAAGGCUGCUGGUAGAUAACACACACAUUUUGGUUUUUAAUCAUGAACUGUGGGAAUCAGUUUGUGGAAAGGCUCAAGGCAAUUGGUUAUCCAAAAGCUGCUGAGCUUAAUGGAGAAGACUUUGAUUGGCUGUUUGAGACUGUGGAAGAGAGGUCAUUUUUGGAGUGGUUCUGUGGAAAUGUGAAUGAGCAGCAUGUGCUAUCCGAAAAGGAACUGCAAGAUUUUAAGACUCUUCUUAAAUCUGGUAAACCUAUUUUAGAAGAAAAAGCUUUGGAUGAAGUUCUUAAAACUUGCAAGUCCUUGGAUUCAAAGGCCAAUAGCCAGCAAGAAGGAGAACUUCAGAAAUUAGAGGAUGAGUUGCAAGCUCUUCAGAAGAUGAAAAACCUAAAAAUUCAUCGUCGAAAUAAGCUUCAAAUGAUGGCUUCCAGCAACAGCCGUAUGUUACAAAAAUUGAAUGAUGAAGCAGAAGAAGCAGUUAAAACUUUGAAAGAGAAACAAGGAAUUCUCAGUAUGUCAAAUAAUAAUAUUAAUAAUGAGCUUCAGUCUAUUACUGAAGGAGUUAAGAAAUUGACUUCUUUCUUCACCGCUUCAGAUUCAGAACAAGGAAUAGGUUCUCAUCCAGUGUUUUUGUCCCAACUUGCCUUGGAUAAAUAUUUGCGUCAGGAAGAGCAAAGUACUGCAGCACUUACUGCCUACACAAAAAAACAGUUUUUUCAGGGUAUAUCUGAACUGGUUGAAAGUUCAAAAGAAGAAAACUUUCAACUUGUAGAUAUAAGUAACUCGUUCAUUUCUGAUGAGCAUAAUGAAGUUCGUGAGGACAGAUGCGAGAUGAUUAGGUUGCAGAUGGCAUAUGUUUGUGCCCAACAUCAGCUAAUUCAACUGAAAGCUAAUGACCUAAGUAUGAAUUCAGCUCUACAGUGGGCAGAUAACACUCUUCAAUCCUUAAAGAAUAAGAUUAUUGGAGAAGAACACCUUGAAACUAGAAUCUCUAGCUUAAACAGUGAAAUUUCAUCAAUAAAAAAACAUCUGACUCAAAUAAACAAUGAAACUCUGCCUGCCCUCGUGAAGGAGAAUGCACAACUAUUGAAUAUGCCUGUGGUGAAAGGGGAUUUUGAUCUGCAGAUUGCUCGACAAGAUUACUAUACAUCAAGACAAGAUCGUGUAUGUGACCAACUAAUAAAACAGAAAGCAUCAUUUGAAUUUCUUCAGCUAGCUUAUGAAAUUGAAUUGAAGAAACAUCGUGAUAUCCAUUGUCAGCUUGAAAAACUGAUACAAGAUCUGAAACAGUAUAGUAAAGCAUUGGAGCAGAGACUGGAGAUGAUGUCUGACCCUCUUAUAUCUCAGCAUACAUUUCCAAGGAACACAAUUGAUUCGAGGGAUGAUGCCUCUCACAGAUUAUACCGGCUCUUGGAAGGGGAGGAUCAGAAACAACAAUUGUUUAGAACGCAUGAAGGUCUGGAACACGAGGCUCAGAAAUUAAAGCAGGACACUGUUUCAGUGCAGGAUCAAUUAGCGGUGUCUUCUCAAGAGCAGUCUCUUUUUCUGUCCAAUUUGGAUACUGAUUUAGAUACCCUUUGUGACUCUUUGUAUUGUGGUGGAAAUCAAAUCUUGCUUAGUAAUCAGGAGCUAACUGAACAGUUUCAUCAACUAGAAGUUCAUUUAAAUAAACUCAAUCAGCUUAUUAUGGAUCUUCUUGCUGAUGUGAAAGCCAAGAGAAAGAUUUUAGAGACCAGUUCACUGCUACAGUUGGAAAGAAAACUAUAUGUAUAUUUCUUUAAAGAUGAAGAUCAUUUGAAAGAAGUUGUGGAGAAUGUAGAGCACCAGUCUAAGGCCCAAACUAUUGGUCUCUAGAGGAUUAAAUGUGAGAUGCCUGAAAAUGAAAUCAUAAACUGAUCUUCUGUUUUGACAUGGAAAUGAUUUCGCAUGGCUGUCUGUCUAUGAAUCUACAGCAUAAAAAACAAACUUUAGAUAAAUGGUUGGUCUAUCACUUACUGAGAACAAACAGCUGUUUUCACAGCUUUUUGGAAUACAGUUUUGGCAUACAGAUCCAAACCUUCAAACUGAAAUAUUAGAAGGAACAGGUUGAGUAUCUACAUGAAUUACUUCACAGAUUGAUUUUUGCUACAUUGUUGCCUUUCACUAAGUUAUUGAGCAGAGCAAAAUGAGGACUUGUGAAUCCAUUUCCCCUCCUCCCCUUGCUUUCAGUCACGGGGAAAGAUUCUUCUUUUGCAAUCUGCAGAGCUAGUACAGAAGAAGUGUUUUAAAGGUUGGAACUUUUAAAGGUUGGAAUUUAAGGACUGAAUAUAGUAUAAUACUUCUGAAACGUAAUUUUCCUAGGAGUAAAAUUUUUAUAAUAACUUCUCUUGUAAACCUAAGAGACAGAUGUAACUAAAUGUUUGAGCAUAGAUCAGGGUGUAUGCAUCUCUCUCUCUCUCUCUCUCUCUUUUCCCACUGUCCAGAAUUCCCUGAGUUGUCUGCCUGCUCUUCUUCAUUUGUGGUGGUGCAGACCCUUCAAGCACAAGAACUUUGAAAUCUUCUUGACCAGGGUCUUUUAGGGAUGUUUGGGUUCUGGCGGUUUAUUCUGCAGCAAACUAUUUCCUUUUUGGCUUAGUCUGGAUUCUGUUAUGAUGUCUUUAAUUCUUUAAUAACACUGGCAGACAUAUUUUGAAAUUCUUGUGGGUGAUAUCUUUAUUGGACCAGCUGCAUGUUUCGGAUACAUAAGCAAGGUUUUGGGUAGUUAGGGUACUGUGGUUGACAGGCAAGGUUUUGGGUAUCCCAACCAUGCAGUUGGUCCAAUAAAACAUAUUGCCCACAAAAAUUCUUGCUGCUUGCAUAUUUUCUGGACUAUCAUGGCAACAUCACUUCAGUGCUACCAUAGAGAGCCAAGACUUUUUCUGGUGACAUAUCUUUUACUCAACUAAUUGUGUAAUUGGGAGAGAUGUUAAACAAACUUUCAGAGACAAAGUGCCCUUCCUUUCAUACUGUACAGUUGAUCCAAUAAAAUGUGUUAUAAAAAAGC